ACUUCAAUUCAUCAAUUAAAAGAGUGAAGUGAUCAUGGCUUUGAAAUAUUUAAUUGCCUUUCAAAUAAUUGCAGCAUUAAUUGGGUUAAGUAAUGCACUCGUGAAUACUCGAUUUGUGGAUUUAAGAGUUGACCAUUUCAAUCCACUUGAUCGUAGAACCUACGAUGGAAGAUAUUUUGUGAAUUCUGAACAUUGGAUUUCCGGUGGAGUCAUUUUCCUGUAUGUGAGUGGAGGGUUCGAACUUUAUGAUGACUUCCUUACCAGAGGUGUGAUGUACGAGUUGGCUGAAGAAACGAGAGGAAUGAUUGUGUCACUUGAACAUCGUUAUUAUGGAACAAGUCGACCAACAGAAGACACGUCAGUUGCUAAUCUUCAAUGGUUAAACGCUCAUCAAGCACUUGCUGAUAUUGCACAGUUUGUUGAAUUUAUUCGUGCUAAUUACUAUGGUGCUGAAAAUGCUCGAGUGAUUGCCUUUGGACGUGGCUAUGGUGGGACUUUAGCCGCAUGGGCACGACAGAAAUAUCCAUCAGCAGUCGAUGCUGUUUGGGCUUCAAGUGCAUACAUCAAUGGUGUCCUGGAAUAUCCACAAUUCAUGACCAACACAUUCAAUACAAUCAAUUCAAUUGGUGGACCUGAAUGUGGAAGUAUUCUUGAAGACGCUUUCAGAAUGAUUGAAGAUGAAAUUCGAGCUGGAGACACAAGUUAUACUGAAGAACGUCUUCGUCUCUGUUCACCAAUUGAUAUUCACGAUAAUGAAGCAAUUGCUCGAUUGUUUUAUGGAAUUGCUGCUGACAUUGGUUUUGCAUUUGUAUCAAACGCUCGCUAUCCAGAAAUUGACGAUAAAUGCACUUUGAUGCGUGGUCUUAACACACCGGAAAAUCUUCCUGAAAAUGCCAUCGACGCUUUCGCUCGAUGGUUUGCUGAUGACUUUAAUAGAAAUUUAGAGUGCUUAAACUAUGAAAAUUCAGCAGUUUUAGGAAUGUAUCAGCAAGUUGAAUGGAACACUGUGUCGACAAUUGCUGGUCGUCGACAGAAUUUAUGGCUUCAAUGUUCACAACUGGGACAAUUUGCGGUUGCUAAUGAAGGUGAAAAUCAUCCAUUUGGAUGGAGAUUCGAUAGAAAUUUCUUCAUUCAAUGGUGUGCUCAAGUUUUCGAGGAAGCCAAUUUCUCAGAAAGCGUGAUGGAAGAAUUAAUUGGAAGAACAAAUGAAUAUUUCGGUGGAUUCAAUCCACACAUUUAUCGAGUUUUCUUCACACACGGUGAGAUGGAUCCGAGAAGAAGUUUAGGACCAAGUGAAGAUUUAAAUCCAAAUGCUCCAGUCGUUGUCAUGUCACUUCAAUCGGCGGGCCGUGACUUUGGACCUACAGCUGAAGCUGACUACGUUGUUCUUCAACAAACUAAAGCACGAGCUCGUGCGUUGAUGACAGAAUGGAUAUUUGAUGCUCUAGAGGAAGAGCGCCCUCCACCAGUAUCACCGUUAUCAGUUUAAGAUAAAAUUGCGACAAUUAUUAUUUGAACUUGAAAUUUUAAAGUGCUUUUGUGAAUAAAUAUCUUGAAACAAGCUUUUGAUAAUUUUUAGAGAUUGAUUUCGUACAAAGAU